UCGGCUUCCCGAACGUCCCAAUUCUCGAAUGUACGCGGUUAUUUUAGCCGCUAUGUUCAACCGCUCUGCUCAAUGUACACUCAGUUACCAAGCAGAGCAACCGAGCACACAUACUUCAAUUUAAUCAAGAGGACUGUUUAGAUUAAUUCGCAUCAUAAAUUAAGUACUUAGUAACAAUGGGGGAUAGUCAUUACAAAAUCCAGGAGAAUGACAAAUACGGGAGAUACUUGGUGGCCAGCAAAGAUUUGGACAGUGGUGAACUGAUUUUCACGGAUACUCCCUUCGCAUUUGGACCUAAACCAGACUCGCCGCCGCUAUGCCUCGGCUGCUACUGCCCCGUGGAGAAUACCCUGUGCUCGCGCUGUGGCUGGCCCGUGUGCGGCGCGCCGUGCGAGCAGGCCCCGGCCCACGCGGCCGAGUGCCAGCUGUUCGCCGCGGCCAGGGUGCGCUUCCAGCCCGUCGACGACUGGACCGCCUCCUCGCCGCAACUCGACUGCAUCACUCCGCUCAGAUUACUCCUAGCCCGUGAGCAGGACCCUACGCGCUGGCAGCAGGAGCUGGUUGCCAUGGAGACGCACUCUGCGGCGCGACAGCUGCGGCCCGCGUGGCGCGCGGACCAGGUCAACAUCGCAGACUUCCUGGUGGACCACUGCAAGCUGGGCGACAGGUUCAGCAAGGAGCUGGUGCAGCAAGUGUGCGGGAUACUUGAGGUGAACUCGGUGGAGAUUCCCUCACGCGGGGGGUUCAGCAUCCGCGCCGUGUACCCGCGCCUGGCGGUGGCGGCGCACAGCUGCGUGCCCAACAUCGUGCACACCAUCCUGCAGAACGACUACCAAGUACAAGUGCGGGCAGCGGUCCCAAUCAAGUCUGGAGAGUCCCUGCACCUCUGCUACACGCACACCUUGUCCCCCACCAUGCUGCGGCGGGAGUUCCUCGCGGAGUCCAAGUUCUUCGACUGUGACUGCGCAAGGUGCGCCGACCCGACUGAACUCGGCACCCAUCUGAGCACGCUCAAAUGUUCCAAGUGUGACAACGGCGUUAUCCUGUCUACUAAUCCUCUUGACAACGAGGCGGGCUGGCAGUGCACAGACAAGAACUGCGGGUUCAAGACGUCGGGCGCGGCGAUGCGCAAGAUGCUGGCGGUGGUGCAGGCCGAGGUGGACCAGCUGGACGCGCUGGAGCCGGGGCCCGCCGCUAUUGAGCAGAGAGAGGCUACGCUGAAGAAGUAUAAAUCCGUCUUCCACCCGCAACACUCCAUCCUGCUGUCUCUCAAACACUCGCUGGCGCAGCUGUACGGGCGCGUGGAGGGCUACGAGAUCGACGAGCUGCCCGACCUAGUGCUGGAGCGGAAGGCCGACUUCUGCCGGCUGAUGUUGAGGGUGCUGGAUGUGCUGAUACCGGGCGAGAGCCGCAUGAGAGGCAUGGUGUUAUACGAACUGCACGCUCCAAUAAUGUUUAUAGCAAGGAACGAGUUUAGCGCGGGAACCAUUACGCAGGAGAAACUGAAAGAGAGGCUGCAAGAACCCAUCAAGUGUCUGGAGGAAGCUUCCAGAAUCCUGAUGAGGGAAGACCCACAGAGCCCCGAGGGCAUCACUGGUCUGAUUGCACAACAGUCUAUGGAACAAUUGAAGGCUAGCUUGGAUGCCUUGUGAGAUUACUAUGGAGAUACUUUAGCUUCCAUUGGAGACUAGCUUCGACCUUAUUAAAACUAAAUUAAGGAUUAUGCUACUAGCAUAAUGCUAGCGGCAUUAUAGAAGCUAUAAGUACUCUUCAAAUGACGUAAAGGGGAGUAGCCUAAAAUAGCAUUUGUUGUUAUUAUGACUAUACCUAGAUAUUUUUGUACGUUUUUAGACCAAAAAUAUUUUUAGCUUGAAUCGUAAAUCGUAAAAGACAUUAAAAUUGAUCUCUACAUAAUGACUAACAGUUUGGAAAAUAUGCAAAUAAAUAUUAAUUGUAAACAUUUUA